AAUGAGUCAGUUGUAGCUAUUCAAGGAUGGAGAGGUGGAUUAGGCAAUACAAACACACUACGUAUGCUUAUGACUCCUUAAUUCAAUGUAAUAAAGAAAAAGAAAAAAAGAGAAAAAGACACCCUUUAUAUUGCAUGUGUGACCGUCUAAAAUCGAAAGGACAUAUUCAUCCAGGGCCUUUAUAUUUCUUUUUUUAUUUUUUAUUUUGUUCUUAUUGUUCUUAUGCCUUUACCAUUUGGUUUAAAAGCUCCUUCAAAAGGCACACUUAUUUUCAGUGGCAUUGCUGGUGCGCUCAGUGGAAUCAUUUACACAAGUAAUAAAAAUGCAGAAGAAUCAAGACGAAAAGUAGCUCAACGUGUUGCUCACCUUGCUGAUCGUCCUUGUGGUGUUCAUGAAAUGCCUAGAAAAGUAACAAUUUACAUUUCUGCACCACCAGGUGAUGGACUUGAAAAGAGUCGAACUUGGUUUAGAGAAUAUGUCAAACCUGUUCUAGUUGCAGGUGCAGUAGAUUAUGAAGUAAAAGAAGCCAAGGAACCAGGUCAGAUUGAGAAGUCGGUUAUGGAAGCCAUUAUCGAACAACGCCGUAAGGCUGAAUCAUCCAUUAUGGAAGUAGAUGAACAACAACAACAACAACAAGUAGCGAAUCCAUUUAUCGCACCCAAUGUUAAAGAGAUGAUCAGUCAACAAUCAAAAAAGAGAAAAGAGACAGAUGGUAUUCUGGCUAUUGGACGAAACGCAUAUAGAGAAGUAUUGAGUGGAUUAGCCAAGGGAUGUGAAGCUAGUCUCGAACAGAAAAUAGAAGAAGAAAAUGAAAAAGAGAAGCCUGUUGAGAUGGAACAACAAGGUCAAGAGGAACUGAUAAGUGAAGACAUUCAACAAGUCAAUAACGAAGUACAAGACGAAGUACGUUUCUCACUGCCACCCAAGUUUGAGCCUGUGAUGUAUAUUCCACAUUUCAAUAUUAUUGGAUGGUCCAAUAUUCCAUACAGACUUUAUAUGUGGUAUGCGGAUUAUAAGCGUAUUGAAGAAGUAGGUAAAUAUACAAUUGCAGCAGUCUUGAACCAGACGCGACCGAUGGAACCAAGAGAUGCAGAUAAAGGACAAGAAGAAAAGAAAUAUUGGAUUGGAGAUGAAAAAGUAGAAGAAUUAAAAAAGAAUGAUGAACCUAUUGUUAUUGAUGAACGAAUUAUGGACAAACUUACAACUUAUACCAGUGAUGAAUUGCCUUGAAAAUAAAGCAUAAAACAUAUAGACAAAGAUUAUUUUACUAUUUGUUUUAUUUUGAUGACAUAGAAAAGUAUAUAUACAAC